AUGAUAGUUUCCAGUACUUUGUAUGGGAUCAUUCGUUUUGAACUUGAACUUACAAACGAACAAACUUUGCGUUUAGGAAAAGCCAACUAUAGCAACGAUGCGAUAUCUCAAUUUGAAAACGACCGAGCAUAUUCGACAAAUAAUCUUCCACUUCACAGACUCUUGCUUUUCUCAGGAAAGUUUAACGUGACAGUCGAAGGAAUAUUUAAUGGGAUGAAAAUGAAAGAAACAUUUACAGUAUUCAAAACAACCUCUCGUCAACUCGCUUGCAUCCAGAAACAGACAUAUCCAAAAGGUACUUAUACUUCAAUACAAAAUGGGAAAUAUUAUUAUAUUAAUUCAACUGGUAAAACCUUCCCACGAAAGCAAGUGUUCUUCGAAGACGAUACGAAUAAAAGCAUUUCUGUAUGUGAGCAGAUUGUUUUCUCAAGCUGUGUUGGACGGCGAAUCAAUCUUACCUCGGAAGAAUACGUAAAGUUUGAUAAUUUGAGCAUCUUUUACAACAGAACAAAAACGAUUAAAGAUUUUGGCGAGUACGAAAUCGAAGGUGGGCAAAUUUCCAUGUGUAUUCCUGAAACUUAUCCUCAACUAAGUCCUAGUGAUUCCCUCGUAAUCCAGACAUAUUUAACUUGGGUUUGUGUUGCUUUAUCAUUGGUCUUUUUAUUUCUGGUUAUUCAAACAUACGUUCUAUUUCCUGAGCUUCGCACCCUUCCUGGUAAAAACCUUCUUAGUUUAUCAAUGUCGUUAUUUCUGGUGCAGUUGCUAUGGUUAAUUCCUGAACGGUGGUACCCACCCACGCUCUGUUACAUAGUAGCUGUUAUAAAACAUUAUUUAUUUCUGGUAUCGUUCGUUUCUAUGGCAAUUAUUGCGUGGUAUACGCACUCGGUGUUUGCAAGCAAAGAAGUUCAGAGGCGAAGACCUGAAAAGAAAAACAUUUACAAAUACUCAGCGAUUGUCUGGGGUCUCCCGGCAAUGUUUGUUCUCGUGUGCGCAGUGGUUGACCAGAAAGAUAUUUACGCAGUUUAUGUUAAUGAGCUGUGGUGUUUGUUUGAUAACGUACAAGCGCAAAAAUAUCUCUUCGUUCUUCCAGUUGGAGUGAUCCUGUUAUUCAAUAUCAUAUUCUUUGGCUUAACUGUAUUUCGUAUCCAACGUGUUCACUCAGGCACAAGAUUAGUCCAUCCAGAUCAAAGUCAUAGAACAAUGUUAUGGAUAUACCUAAAGAUAUCUGCUUUGAUGGGAUUCGGUUGGUUAUUUGGUUUCAUAAAUCUGCUUGCUGGGAAAUCAACUCUUGUCUUCUCGUAUUUGUUCGUAAUUUUUGCAUCCAUACAAGGUGUUUAUAUUGGUCUUGCGUUUGUGGUGAAGAAACAUAUUUGGCAAAUGUAUAAAAAGUUAUUGCGAAAAAAUCCUGAGAGAUUUAAACUUGAGGUCAGUAGUAAAUUACUAGAAAGCUUGAAGACCUGCAAGGAAACAACACUAUAA